CGGGGGCGCCGAGGGGGCGGGGAGGACCCGCGACGCCCCGCCCCCUUCCGCGCUCCGGCGGCUAGCCCCGCCCCUGGGGGACGCGGUCCCGAGGCCGCUCGGAUCGCAGGCCGGCGCUGUCCGCAGGUGUCGGCGGCGGCGGAGCCACCGGCCCCAUGGUGGGUUUCGGGGCCAACCGGCGGGCCGGCCGCCUGCCCUCCUUCGUGCUGGUGGUGCUGCUGGUGGUCAUCGUCGUCCUUGCCUUCAACUACUGGAGCAUCUCCUCCCGCCACGUUCUGCUUCAGGAGGAGGUGGCCGAGCUGCAGGGCCAAGUCCAGCGCACCGAGGUGGCCCGUGGGCGCCUGGAGAAGCGCAAUUCGGACCUCUUGCUCUUGGUGGACACGCAUAAGAAGCAGAUCGACCAGAAGGAGGCCGACUACGGCCGCCUGAGCAGCCGGCUGCAGGCCAGGGAGGGCCUGGGGAAGAGAUGCGAGGAUGACAAGGUUAAGCUACAGAACAACAUAUCGUAUCAGAUGGCAGAUAUACAUCAUUUAAAGGAGCAACUGGCUGAGCUUCGUCAGGAGUUUCUUCGACAAGAAGACCAGCUUCAAGACUACAGGAAAAAUAACACGUACCUUGUGAAGAGGUUAGAAUACGAGAGUUUUCAGUGUGGACAGCAGAUCAAGGAAUUAAGAGCACAACAUGAAGAAAAUAUUAAGAAAUUAGCAGAUCAGUUUUUGCAGGAACAAAAGGAGACCCACAAGAUUCAAUCAAAUGAUGGAAAAGAAUUGGGUAUGAAGGAUCAUGUAGCACCUAAAAAUAUUCCAAGUGUUGCUGAAAAUGAUGCAAAUAAGAAUGAGGAACCCUCAAGCAAUCAUAUUGCACAUGGGAAAGAGCAAGUCAAGCGAGUUGGUGACGCAGGGAUGCCUGGGGUAGAAGAGAAUGACCUAGCAAAAGCAGAUGAUGCUCCUGCUGCUUUAAAGAAGCCCCCUGUGUUAGCUUCUCCACAUGAAAGUCAUCAGACAGUCUCCCAUGUUCCAACUGGACAGCCUCUCCCACCAAACAUGGCUGCUGCAGGUUCACAUCUAAAUCAGAAUGAAAAUCCUGGCACUUCAAAACAGAACCCUUCAAAUCCUCUUCAGCACUUAAUUCCAGGCUCAAACCUGGAGCGGGAACCCAGAAUUCAAACAGACACACUAAAGCAGGCCACCAGGGACAGAGUCAAUGAUUUCCACAAAUUGAAGCAAAGCCGAUUCUUUGAUGAAAAUGAGUCCCCUGUUGAUCCGCAGCAUGGCUCUAAACUGGCGGAUUACAAUGGGGAUGAUGGUAACGUAGGUGAGUAUGAGGCAGACAAGCAGGCCGAGCUGGCUUACAAUGAGGAAGAAGAUGGUGAUGGUGGAGAGGAAGACGUCCAAGAUGAUGAAGAACGAGAGCUUCAGAUGGAUCCUGCAGACUAUGGCAAACAGCGCUUCAAUGAUGUCCUUUAAGUCUAAGGGACGUCGGAAACCCAAAGUGCUGUGCAGCAAAUCAUCUCUACUUGUCGAUUUUGACUUUUGUUGUAAAGAUCAGUUGUAUCAGUUGUAAAGAUACAUUGAGAUAGAUUUAAGGGGAUUUUAAUGAAGGAAUGUACCAAUGUACAUAUGUGAACUUUUUCAUAUUGUAUUAUCAAAGCAGAUUCUUUUUCGGUUACGACACAGCUGAGCCAAAAACAGUUAAUCUUUGCAUUUAAAGCAAACUAAUGUAAAUUUCACAUUUUAUUGAGCCUGAGUUUUUUGGUUGUUGUUUUUUUGUUUUUUGUUUUGUUUUUUUCCACAAAAAGACAAACAGGAACAAGUGUUUGUACAGGUUACGUGCUGCACAUAGUGUGACCGCAAUGAGAAGCCAUUCAAGUGAAAAGUCUACACUAACACAUUUUUGUUACCCUGUUGGUGUCCUCUCUACCCCUCAUUUAACACUCUAAGGAGUUACACUAGAAUAGUUACACAGAAGUGGGGAGGCUAGAUGUCAAGCGAUGGGCAACAUGUACAGAGUGCCCCCUGUUCCCUUACCCUCCGCGAGUGCGGGUGACUGGGCCGAGGCCGGAGGAGGGCCUGGGUCCGCAUGGCCAUAGCUCUCAAUUGUUCCUUACGCGGUUCUGGGCAUCGUGGAGGGCAUGGCUGACGAUGUAGUUUCAGUGUUCAAGUAAUAACAGUACUGUUUAACUCUGAUCGGCACUGGCUAAAAUUCUUUAGAUUUUCAGAGUUCAAGCUGGUGAAUACAUUCACCGUUCAAGUGUCAGAUCCUGAAAGAGAUGAAAUCCACUUUGAAAUGAGUCUACAAUCAGUACAGCAAAGCUUUUCAGGUAGUUUUAAUGAUCAUAUUUGAUUAGACUUUUCCAGGAUUACUAAGUAAGGGAUUUCAAAAGCUUUUUAUUAAUGAACAGAUAAAUAGAAAUACCGUGGAGUCUACAGCUGUUUUGCCGAAAUAGCUGGAAACUUUGUAAUAAAAAUGAAUAUUUGUAAUUAAUGUUAGUUAAGAACCCACCUAGCUCAUUUGCUAGACUUACAGAAUUAUUUUCAGUGCAUUGUGUCUUUUGGCUUAUUCAUGUAUAAGCUAGCUAAUCCUUGUUUGCUGAUUUCAAGCACUUUUAAUUUUUUUUGUGUUCCCUAAAAAUGAAAGGUAUUGAUCAUAAGGGGAAAAUGUAAGGCUAUUAAUACUGUGUUUUAGAAGGGUUGCUAUUAAUUGCACAUAAACAUGAAAUACUGAGGAGUGACUGUAGCUCAGAUGUGUGAGGCCUGAGUAUGAUCCCAACACUGAAGAAUAAACAGCAAACCAAGUGAACAGGCAUGAAAAAACCCUACACUAAGGCUCUGGUGAAAAUAAAUACUAUCUGUAGAAGAGGUGGUGGUUCAUUUACUGAGACACUGAGGUUCUUAUGUUUCAGUCCAAAGUUAUUCAAUGGCCAGGAAGAGAUGCAGUAAUUUAUUAAAAUUGUUUUUGUACUAUAUCAGAUUAUGAACAGCUGGGCAUGCAUCUCACCUACAAAGGUAAUGUUGAGGAACCAGAAACAGAUGGGUGGGUCCCUGGACUCCCUGACCAGCCAUCCUGGCCUAAUUAGCAAGUUCCAGGCCCCAAAAUGGACAGUUCCUGAGGAACUGUAUUCUGAGUCUACAGGUGCCUAGUGAUGCUUGAUCCUGGAGAACUGUACAGACAAAAUACAAAGAGGCCUGCUGAGUACAUGUCAGGAAACCCUCACUGCUUGUACGGGAGCUAUCCUUACACAGCAAAACGUCAGUUAGUAGCCUAGACGUUUUAUAAACAGAGGAAUCUUGGACCAGUUGAUGCUCUUUCUGACUGUAUUAACAUUUAGUGCUGUAAUUACCGUGUGGGUCUCUUCAAGUCGUGAUGUUCUGCAGUGUGUAGUGGACAUGCUGUUUUAUUUUGUUUACAGCGUUCCACUUCUGCCUUAAGAUUUAGGGGGUUUUGGUCAUUUUUUGUUUCGUUUUAAUGUUUCUGCCCUGAAUUAAGUAUUAAUUUGAUGGGAACUCUGAUUUUAAAGAUCGUCACUUACUGGGUUCUAAUAAAUUAAAAAGAUAAAA